AUGCUGAAUAAACGUGUUGUUGAAGUGGACGGAGAUUCUCCUCUAAUCUCAUUACCAAUUGUUAGAUUUCCUCCUUUUAAUUUGAGGGCUCUUUUGAUUGAAAAGGAUCCAGUGGUAUGGGCACACCUGCUUGAGACGUAUGUGAUAUACUUCGAGUUUUUAAACUGUGACAAUAAUGUGGAAAAGAUAGAUGAAUCUACUUAUGACAACUUGUGCAUUUUUGUUAGAAGUUACUUGCACGAAAUAGCAGAAGAAGAGGGUAAAGUGCUUUCCCUUGGUAUGAACCAUGAUGUCUCCAAGCAACUAGAAUUGCUACGGGCCUGGAUAUUUUCUCUAAUUAAGAAAUGUGGAUUACUGCAUUUGCAGAUCUUUGGUGAGCAUCUUUGGGAUUUAGUAAAAAUAUAUGUUAAGGAAAAUCCUGAUUCUGUUAGAGGCUUGAUCGAUGGAUCACUAACUCCCCAGAUUAAUACCCAAAAGGCACAACUAAACAGAAUACCGCAAAUACAACAGAGGAUCAAACAACUAGUGGAAAAUGGGAAAUUUACUAGGGUCGAUUUAAGCUCUUUUGAAAGUCUAUUAAGCGCUCGAUCUUUAAAACCAAAUAAAUUUGCAGAUCAGUUCCCCACAACGACUUGGCUCGAAACUUUAGAGCUUUGGUGGGCUAAAGGGAAAGGUAAACAUAGUAAUAUUGCUAAACAACUGGUCAUUGUAUCACUUUUAUCAGCCUCAGUCAAUGCAAUAGUAUCUGUCACGAGUGAAAUGGGAAUAAGUAAUUUGGACACACUAGCAUUAUAUCCGCUUCUAGGUAGUUUGCUUGUGGAUGAAAAAUUCAGUGAAAGAAUAGGUGGAUUAAGACAAAGACUUCCCUUUCUAAGUUUCAAUAUACCAACUCCAGAAGCAGAGCCAGAGGAAAAUGUACUCUCAGUAGAGAUCAAAGAAGAGGAUAUUGCUCAACUAGGAGAAAUUUUCCCACAUUUGACCGCAUUUCAACGAUCUCAGCUAUUGAAAAGAUACGAUGGUAACGUGGAAUUGGCAAUUAAUGCCCUAUUCGAGAAUCCAAGCAUUGCGGAAAGCAUUUCAGCAGAAGAGAGAGAGGAAGAACACAAUAAGUCACAACAAAACGGUCAUGUUGACAGGAAUAUCGAUAAUAUUGUAAUGAAACCAAUGAAAAAGCCAUCUGAUAAACAUAUCAAGCACGUUCCUGAUGAGUUGAAGAAUAAGACCAUGUCCUGGGCAUUGAAAUUGAUGUAUGAAAGAGAUGAAGAUGAAAGAGACGACACUUACGAUGAUGCCGAAGCAAUUCAUACCUCUGAUAGACCAGAUGUGGCAGAUGGUGAUGAAAGUGGUGAGGCAAAUGGUAUAUCUCAGUUUGAUAAGAUCCAGGGAUAUCUAUGGGGCCUUUUGAAACAAGAUAAAACGCUAUUUGAAAGAUCUAAGAGGGGCACUAAAGUGAGAAAAGAAAUGCGGAAGGAAACUAAUUGGGCAGAUGAACAGAUUGAAGGUUGGGCACGUAUUUUGGAAAGAUCCCCUCAACGUGCCAGAAUUCUUGAAGAAAAAUUCAUGUUUAGCGGUAAUGUUAAGACAGGAAAGACUUCAUACGUCAAGAAUAAAGAUAACGAAAGUGAAGGUGGAAGUAGAUCUAGUACCCCAAGAAACAAAGCAUCCCCAUCGCCAAGCACUAAAAAUACCAAGAAUACAAACCCCAGUGUACAAAGGGCCAGAGAUGAAAAGAAAAAAGCUGCCAAGGCCAAUCACAACCGGAAGCGUGGUCACGAUAAGAAAUUACAGCAAGCAGGUGGGCCUUAA